CCGGGGGUGGGGGCUGCCUCCUGCCGCCUGCCGUCACCGCUCGGGAAAAGCCCAUUCAUCCCCGCACUUGGGCGUUGGACUCCGCAUCUUAUUAGCAACCGGGGAGAUUUCUCCAUUUUCCCCUCGUCUACGGCGCGCCUACAAAUCUGGGAUUUUUUUUUUCUUAUUCCUCCGUCGCUUCUUUUUUUUUUUUCGACUCCACUGGGGCUCUUUUUGGGUGUGUGUGUGUGUGUGUGAGUGAGUGUGGGUUCGACUCCCCACCCCCCACCCCCCUUCCCGAGCUGCUGCUCCGGCUAAAAAUACAUAGAGAUUUUUUCGAUCGGGAGUGCACCGGGACCGGUCGUCGGGUAUCGUCUCUUCCGACGCCCCUCGCUCUCCCCCCCCUCCCCCUCUGGUGUGAGUGCGUGUGUGUGUGAGUGUGCGUGUUGUGGCUGCUGCUUUUUCGCCGCCGGUCGCCCGGUAUCCGAGACCGACCCGAGCCUCUUUGUUCCCCCGCUUCUGGAUCCGUUGAGUUUUCUUUGUUGAAUUAAGCCAGCAUGGGCGCCCAGUUCUCCAAGACCGCUGCCAAGGGCGAAGCCACCGCCGACAAACCCGGGGAAGCAGCCGUGGCCUCGUCGCCUUCCAAGGCGAACGGACAGGAGAACGGCCAUGUGAAGGUGAACGGCGACGCCUCCCCGGCCGCCGCCGAGCCCGCGCCCGCCGCCAAGGAGGAGCCGCAGCCCAACGGCAGCGCCCCGGCCGCCGACCAGGACCAGCCCCAGGCGGCCGAGCCCUCCGACCCCGGGGCCCCGGACCCGGAGCCGGCGGCCGAGCCCGCCGACAAGGAGGACAAGGCCAAGGAGGCCAAGGCCAAGGAGGCCAAGGCCAAGGAGGCCGCCCCCGCCCCCGCCGCCGCCGCCGCCGCCGCCCCCGAGGCGGCCGAGCCCGAGCCCGCCUCCCCGGCGGCCGACGGCGAGGCCUCGCCCAAGGCCGAGGACGCCGCCACGCCCUCGUCGAGCGGCGAGACCCCGAAAAAAAAAAAGAAGCGCUUUUCCUUCAAGAAGUCCUUCAAGCUCAGCGGCUUCUCCUUCAAGAAGAACAAGAAGGAGGCGGGCGAGGGCGGCGAGGCCGAGGGGGCCCCCGCCGACGGCGCCGCCGACAAGGACCAGCCGGCCCCCGACGACGCCCAGGCCCAGGCCCCGGCAUGGUUCUUGGUGGCUAGGAGGUCUGCGAAAUUUGUCCGGAGGAAAGUAUCGCGGGCCACCGAGUCGAAAUUUCGUUUCGGGUUGUCGGUCUUGAUGUGCCGGUCCUGGAUUCUCUAUCGGGUGAAGCGUCACUUCCUGGUGAAGAUUUCUUGUUCCGAGUGA